AAAUGCGGCCAAGAACAUCGCGAGCGGGGACCAAUCAGAGAGUAGCUUUGCCUCUAUAACGGCGCGAGAGUGAGACGUCAUCGGUGAGCGACUAACGCUCUGGGAAAGCUUAUUUCCUAGAAACAGUGGUGCGCGGAGAGGAGAGGCCUCGGGAUGUCUCUGGCAGAUGAGCUCUUAGCUGAUCUCGAAGAGGCAGCAGAAGAGGAGGAAGGAGGAAGCUAUGGGGAGGAAGAAGAGGAGCCAGCGAUCGAGGAUGUGCAGGAGGAGACACAGCUGGAUCUUUCCGGGGAUUCAGUCAAGACCAUCGCCAAGCUAUGGGACAGUAAGAUGUUUGCUGAGAUUAUGAUGAAGAUUGAGGAGUAUAUCAGCAAGCAAGCCAAAGCUUCAGAAGUGAUGGGACCAGUGGAAGCAGCGCCUGAAUACCGCGUCAUCGUGGAUGCCAACAACCUGACCGUGGAGAUCGAAAACGAGCUGAACAUCAUCCAUAAGUUCAUCCGGGAUAAGUACUCAAAGAGAUUCCCUGAACUGGAGUCCUUGGUCCCCAAUGCACUGGAUUACAUCCGCACGGUCAAGGAGCUGGGCAACAGCCUGGACAAGUGCAAGAACAAUGAGAACCUGCAGCAGAUCCUCACCAAUGCCACCAUCAUGGUCGUCAGCGUCACCGCCUCCACCACCCAGGGGCAGCAGCUGUCGGAGGAGGAGCUGGAGCGGCUGGAGGAGGCCUGCGACAUGGCGCUGGAGCUGAACGCCUCCAAGCACCGCAUCUACGAGUACGUGGAGUCCCGGAUGUCCUUCAUCGCGCCCAACCUGUCCAUCAUUAUCGGGGCAUCCACGGCCGCCAAGAUCAUGGGUGUGGCCGGCGGCCUGACCAACCUCUCCAAGAUGCCCGCCUGCAACAUCAUGCUGCUCGGGGCCCAGCGCAAGACGCUGUCUGGCUUCUCGUCUACCUCUGUGCUGCCCCACACCGGCUACAUCUACCACAGUGACAUCGUGCAGUCCCUGCCACCGGAUCUGCGGCGGAAAGCGGCCCGGCUGGUGGCCGCCAAGUGCACACUGGCAGCCCGUGUGGACAGUUUCCACGAGAGCACAGAAGGGAAGGUGGGCUACGAACUGAAGGAUGAGAUCGAGCGCAAAUUCGACAAGUGGCAGGAGCCGCCGCCCGUGAAGCAGGUGAAGCCGCUGCCUGCGCCCCUGGAUGGACAGCGGAAGAAGCGAGGCGGCCGCAGAUACCGCAAGAUGAAGGAGCGGCUGGGGCUGACAGAGAUCCGGAAGCAGGCCAACCGUAUGAGCUUCGGAGAGAUCGAGGAGGACGCCUACCAGGAGGACCUGGGAUUCAGCCUGGGCCACCUGGGCAAGUCGGGCAGUGGGCGUGUGCGGCAGACGCAGGUAAACGAGGCCACCAAGGCCAGGAUCUCCAAGACGCUGCAGGUAUGGGCCAGACCCAGGUGGGGCUGGGGACCGAGGGACACAAGGUGGGGGGAGCCCAGAUCGCAGCCUCCCUGUCCUCCCCACAGCGGACCCUGCAGAAGCAGAGCGUCGUGUAUGGCGGGAAGUCCACCAUCCGCGACCGCUCCUCGGGCACGGCCUCCAGCGUGGCCUUCACCCCACUCCAGGUACCUCCCCUGGGCCGGCUCUGUCCCCAGCCCUGAGACCUUGGCAAGGCCCCUUGCCCUCUGCCCCUGUGAAGAAGGCCAGGAUGAGUCUCCUCAUGGGGCUGUUGUGGAGGGUGUGGUGACGAGGUAUGCGGAGGACGUAGACAGCUCCUGGCACACAGGAAGACGUUAGCAGAGACGAGAGGCCAGAGCUGAGCAGUCCUCGUGAGCACGCACUGCUUUAGAACCAGGCCCACAGCUGUGUUCAGGGCACCCAGUUCUUCUGUCGGGCUGUGAGCGGGUUACACUGCUCAGCCUCCAGGCCCUCCAGUUCAAAAUGGCCAGGACGGUUAAGGUAACCUCAAGACCCCACUCGAGAAAGUUCCCGGCUAGGCGGGCUUGGAUGUCAAGUGUGGGUCCAGGCCCCAGCCAGUCAGCAGUGAGCAGCGUGGAGCGUGGCAGUCACCGCAUCGUCGGAGCCUCGGUUUACCAUCCAUAGAGCAGGGCGAGCCUGCACCACGGGGGCGAGACGGCAGCGAGCUCAUCUGCUCAGUCAGCGGGUGUCUACGCAGCACCUGCUGAGUUCCGUCGGUGUUCCCGGCUGUGGGGAUGAAGCGACGAAUGAGAGACAAGUCUUACCUUCAUGCAGCCAGUGGGUGGCCGGGCGCAGACAGCUCAGUAAGAUGUCCAGUGUAGGAGAAGGCAGAAAUGCCAGGCCGGGCGCAGACAGCUCGGUAAGAUGUCCAGUGUAGGAGAAGGCAGAAAUGCCAGGCCGGGCGCAGACAGCUCGGUAAGAUGUCCAGUGUAGGAGAAGGCAGAAAUGCCAGGCCGGGCACAGACAGCUCAGUAAGAUGUCCAGUGUAGGAGAAGGCAGAAAUGCCAGGCCGGGCGUGGUGGCUCACGCCUGUAAUCCCAGCACUUUGGGAGGCCCAGGCGGGCGGAUCAUGAGGUCAGGAGAUCGAGACCAUCCUGGCUAACACGGUGAAACCCCGUCUCUACUAAAAAUACAAAAACUUAGCCGGGCGUGGUGGUGGGCGCCUGUAGUCCCAGCUACUGGGGAGGCUGAGGCAGGAGAAUGGCGUGAACCCGGGAGGCAGAGUUUGCAGUGAGCCGAGAUCGCGCCACUGCACUGCAGCCUGGGCGACAGAGCCAGACUCCGUCUCAAAAAAAAAAAAAAAAA